AUGGCUUCCUCCCUCUCCCGCGUCGCAGGCCGCGUGCCGACGACGCUAGGUCGCCGUCAAUCGCUACUCAGAGUGUCGACCCCCUUCGUCCGGUCACUAAGCAGCACCCCCUCCCGGCAAGCUGAACCUCAACCAUAUCAAGCAACCAGACUCAUUCCGACUGAUCCUUCCUUUGCUCACCUUGCAAACAAAGGAGGUCCUGAACCACCAGACAAGGCAGCCGGCCUUGAGUCCACAUCAGAAGUUGGAAACCGCAAGAUCCGGCACUAUACUGUCAACUUUGGCCCUCAGCAUCCGGCCGCACACGGUGUGUUGCGAUUGAUCCUGGAACUCAAUGGCGAGGAAAUCAUUCGCUCCGAUCCUCACGUCGGUCUUUUACACCGUGGAACCGAGAAAUUGAUUGAAUACAAGACAUAUAUGCAGGCUCUUCCCUACUUUGACCGCUUAGAUUACGUUUCCAUGAUGACCAACGAGCAAUGUUUCUCAUUAGCCGUGGAGAAGCUCCUCAAUGUCGACAUUCCCGAACGUGCUAAAUGGAUCCGGACAUUGUUUGGCGAGAUCACUCGAAUUUUGAACCACCUGAUGUCUGUUCUUUCUCACGCUAUGGAUGUUGGUGCGCUUACACCAUUCUUGUGGGGCUUCGAGGAACGAGAGAAGCUUAUGGAAUUUUACGAACGUGUCUCCGGUGCUCGUCUCCAUGCAGCCUACGUCCGUCCUGGUGGUGUCUCCCAAGACAUUCCUAUCGGACUGCUCGACGAUAUCUACCAGUGGGCCACUCAAUUCGGUGACCGCAUUGACGAAACUGAGGAACUCCUCACGGACAACCGUAUUUGGAAGGCGAGAACGAAGGGUGUUGGUGUUGUCAGUGCGGCCGACGCUCUUAACAUGAGCUUUACUGGUGUUAUGCUUCGUGGGUCUGGUGUCCCAUGGGAUAUUCGCAAAUCACAACCAUACGAUGCCUACGACCAGGUCGAAUUCGAUGUCCCCGUUGGUACCAACGGUGAUUGCUAUGACCGAUAUCUCUGCCGCAUGGAGGAAUUCCGCCAAUCCCUCCGUAUCAUCCACCAAUGCCUAAACAAGAUGCCCGCAGGGCCUGUCAAGGUUGAAGACUACAAGAUUAGCCCUCCACCCCGUGCCGCCAUGAAGGAGAACAUGGAGGCUCUUAUCCAUCACUUUCUCUUGUUCACCAAGGGCUACACCGUCCCCCCCGGCGAGACAUACUCUGCCAUUGAAGCACCUAAGGGUGAGAUGGGUGUCUACGUUGUGAGUGACGGCAGCGAGCGACCAUACCGCUGCAAGAUCCGUGCCCCUGGAUUCGCUCAUCUAGGAGGCUUCGAUCAAGUAUCCCGUGGACAUUUGCUAGCCGAUGCCGUUGCCAUUAUUGGUACUAUGGAUCUUGUGUUUGGUGAAGUCGAUCGAUAA